AUGAAAUUAUCUUUCCUCCUCCUGUUCUCACUGCGGGCACCGCCGUCCAGGCGUCGUGCCGACCUCCAGGCGACCGUCAAGGCUAACUGGGACUCCGCCUACGUCUGGACCGCCGACCAGCUUGAGAAGGCCCAGGUGACGUUCCAGAACGUCAAGGACAACACUUUCGAUAGCUGGGACGAGUCUCGCCUCCGCGAAUUCCUCCUCGAACAGGGCGUCGUCAACCCCUCCGGCCCGCGCGAGCAGCUCGCGCUCCUCGCGAAGCAGAAGUGGCGGCAGUACAACGCUGCCGCGAGCUCGUACAGCAGCACCGCGAGCGCGUCCGCGAGCUCGAUCAACUCGCUUCACCAGGCGAGCAAGAGCGCGUCGUCGUACGUCGCUCAGGCGACGGCAAUGUGGGAUGACAACCGGAUUCGCACCUGGCUCGAGGAGCACGGCAUGGUCUCUCCUCCGGCGACGCCGCGCGGGAAGCUCCUCGCGAAGAUGCGGGACACGUACGUCGCGGUCACGAAGCCCAUCUGGCAGGCGUGGUCGGACUCGUACAUCCACCAAUGGCUCCUCAACCAUCAGAUCAUCAAGGACUCGACCACCAAGCGCCGCGAAGAGCUCGUGGGCCUGAUGGAGAAGUACUACUACGACGUGAACGAGAAGGUGUGGCAGACCUGGAGCGACUCGCAAGCGAAGCAGUGGUUGGUCGAGCAUGAUGUCAUCAAGAGCGACGCCCAGCCCAAGCGGGAAAAGAUGGAGAAGCUCAUCGCCGAUAACUACGUCAACUCGCGCGACGUCGCCUGGGGCGCAUGGAACGAUUCGGAUAUGCGCUCCUGGCUCAUCGAGCACGGCUACCUCCGCUCUGACGCGCAGAAGAAGCGCGACGAGCUCGUGAAGCUCAUGAACGACAAGUACACGCAGGUGCACGCGCGCUCGGCGGCGUAUCUCACCUGGCCCGACGCGCGCCUUCGCGCCUACCUGCGCGAGAACGGGAUCUCAGACGCCGCGCUGCCGACGUCGCGCCCUGGGCUCCUGCAGGAGGUCCGCGUGCGCUGGGUGGAGGCGUCGUGGCGCGCGAGCUCGCUGUGGCGCACGGUGAUGGAUUACUUUGACUCGGGCGUGGAGAUUGCGGAGGACAAGCUGGGCAUGAUCCUGGAGAUCCUCAGCGGCGGUGUGGAGGGCGCGAAGGAUGGCGCGCGGGAUAAGCAACAGAAGUACGAGUCGAAGACAAAGGUUGAGUUGUAG